GUCCUCCAUGGGCGGUGGAUAUGCAACCUAAACGCAAACGAAUUAUUCUGUAUCUUAGUCACGUCUAUAGAGGAGGCUGUUUUUUCUUUAGUAACAUAAAUGACGAGCUUAAAUCUGUUAGAAAUCUCUUUCAUAAUCCUUGUUGUGCAUUUGGGUUUUCUGCAAGGCAACUCAGGUGAAAAAAGCUUGGACGCUGUGCUUAGUCUGUUUUCUGUUUAUUCUCUGUUUAUAAUGAUUUCCUCGCGGUUGUAAAGGAUGAUAAUCAUCGCUCAGCUUUAUUUCUCUGUCUUCGGUUUGAAUGAACUUAAAAGUUAAUAUUUAUUUUCCUUCUAAAUGUAGAUAAAGAGAGCAGUUUUAGACAAGAAGUGCGAAGCUACCAGUUCGUCUCACCGCGGUUAAGCCUUAAUCAACAAGGCCGAUGGAGAAGAACAAGAGAUACUUCAACGAAAUCAAGUUCGGUGAGUGAGCCAAUAUUAGACAAUGAUGACACAAUUUUAUGGCUCUUUCUUUCUGAUCUGAAGAUAACUGUGUGUUUCAUGUUAUCGGGCCCAAAUUGAUUUGACUUCCUGAAUUCUUCCUUUACGGAGCUCGACUGUUGCCGCGCGAUCAGCAAAUUGCAGCGCACUUCAAUAGAAUCAUCGACCAAAUUUUCUUUUAGGGUGGUCAUUUGGGAAGAGCAACGUUUUCCCUUAGAGGAUUUGGCAAGGAAUUUGUCUUAGAUGUUGUACAAAACCGGUAAGCCUUGUUACUUUGUCUAACACAGAUUUCUAUCUUAAUUUUUUUGCAAAGCUUUUUUAAAAAGUUCCGUGAUAUUCCCACAGAUUGGGUUCAUCGAAUUUUUAUUCUUGUUCCACAGCGUUUUGUUCUCCGCCAAUUAUGUGUCAAGAUAUUUUAAAACGGAUGGUGGAGAAAUCAUUGCCAAAAAUGAGGUUUGUUCAUCCUAUUCACAGAAUAAAUUUAAUUAGGAUUAUUUCAUAGCCGACUUCGGUUCAUGUAAAGCGAUUUGGGGUUUUCUUAAGAGAUAGCCCGGUAUUUGCGAAAGUCAAAAGGCCUAAUCUUCUUCGCACAGUUGCAUGUCAAACAUAGGUGUUUACAAAAAUUCCUUUUGAGUUUGUUUGCCGAGCAAUUAUUCUCAUGUUCUUCAAACAGGGAGCGGUAUACCACUAGCUUGCCUGGGUGAUUCGCCUCGUUUCUAAAAGAGAUGCAAAAUUCUGUCGAAGGCUAAUUUGACAUGUGUGUUUUGUUGUCGCAAUUGAUAUUUGAAAGUGUAAAGUGACGUCCGAUUCCUUGAUCUAACCAGCCGACGAAAGCGAUGAAAUGACAUGAAAUGAGAGAGUGCAUGCGACUUGAAACCGAUUUAUCGCGAUUCGACGAGAUAAUUCUUGAAGUUCCUGUUGUUUUCUUGAUUAUGUCGAAAUUAAUUAAAAAAUAUUAUAUUAAAAUAUAUAACUGUUCACAAUUAUAAUUUUGUUUAUUGCGAUCGAACACUGUUUAGUUCAGGGAAUCACCUUGCUGUGCUGACAUAAAAGGGCGUAUAUGACUUUUUUCCCUCCUUCAUAGAAUUCAAUUGUAACAUAUCAGGUCAUUUAUGAGUAAAUGGAAGGUUAAUUAACAUAUUGACCAAGGCUCACAGGUGCGAGACAAAACAUGACAUUGAGCUUGCGUUAGAUCUUCCUUCAGCUUUUGGCUAAACACGAUAUUUUGAUCGUUUAAUCCAACAUCCAGGAAAAAAAAUGUUUUAACACAAAAUCGAGAAGUGUUGUUUCAGAUUACAAUGUUUGAUUUUGCUGCACUGUAUUAAAAUUAAAAGUGUUGUAUGGUGCCUGAUACAGUUGGAAUAAUAGCCAUUGUAUAAUUUUGUUUCAUGUCAACUUGAUUCAUUCGUUAGCGGUGUGUUUUGUGUAGUUUAUCUGCUCUCAGCGAAGGUGAAGGUCAACUAAACAACUUAUCUUUUUUUACUGACCAUAAGUAUUAAGAUUAUUCAUAAAUUGGAACUAGAAAAAAGGCCUAGCUUAAAAUAAUAUAUGUAAGUUAGAAGAGAGAGAAAAAAGGUUGGUUUUGAAAAUUUAAAGCAAAACAUUCUCAGCACAAGUGUAUAUUGUUUAGGCGGAACCACUGCAGAACCAGGGAUGAGAUUUGGGUACUUGUAAAAGGUCAAAAAAUAUCGAACUGUUUCCAUUUGAUUAAUGUGGUCUCAUUGCUUUAUGAGGGUAAUCAAGGAUGUUGUGAACUAGGACUUCCCUUUCAGUUUUUUAUUUGCUUUGAAUUAAACAUGCAACUUGCAUGCAAUGUAUAUCACAGAACAGGAUCACCACUAAAGGUUAACUAGAAUUUCUAUUUUACUUUUGUAGAGAAAUGAAAAUUGUUUUUAUCAAGGAAAUAUUCAAGGCUUGAAGCACUCAAUUGUUGCUAUUAGCACUUGUCAAGGAAUCGAGUAAGUGGAUGGUAAUGGUGAAUGAAAGGGGAUUGAAGGAGACAAAGGGAAAUCAUUGUGUCUCAUUAUCUUUUUAGUUUUGACAUAUUGAAUGUUCCAGUUAGGUUGGAUUCUGUUUUAUUUCAAAUGUUUUUUGACUUACUGUGGUGAAGCUUUGCAAAGACUUUCUACUUUCCAUACUCAUCUUAAUGCUACAUUGAGAAAUGGUUUUUCUUGUCAUGCAAUUUUGUUGAGUAUGAAACCAGAUUUGUAUUGAAGAUUUACAUGUCUGUAUUAAUUUUUGGAAAAUGUUAUAAGGGUGAAUCAUUUCAUUAUUAAAAAAUAGCUCCUUGCCCAAACAAGAAGCCCAUGAGAAACUCAUCUGAUGAAACAUUUUAAAUUUGUGAGAGUUGUCUUUCACAGGGGAAUGAUAUAUGAUGGGAAUGAGACAUAUUACAUUCAACCAUUCCCUGGAAAUGCAGACAGAGUAAGUGCUAAUUCCUUAUGAGUGGUUCUUUGUUAAUGGUGUUCAUUUUAAAUGACUUUUUCAUUUCCCUUACACCAUACAUCAUGAUUGCUAAUUAUUGUGUAUAACAUGCUACUGUUUGGCCUGUUAACCCUUUCAACCCCAAGAGCGAUCAGCACCUAAUUUCUCCUUACAAUAAUGUUGCUGAGUCAUUCAUUAAGAUCUUGAGAAAAAAAGAAGUGAUUGCCAACCUAAGAAGCUUCGAUUGUUAUACAAAUUCUCCUUGUCAGUACCAAAAGAAAGGUAUACAAAAGAGAAUGGAGAAUGUGGAUGCUGAUGUUAGGGUGUAAAGGGUUAAGUGAUGGAAGUUUGGGUUUCAAAACCUCUUCUUAAGGCUUGUGGUGGUAAUUAGUAUAGCAGUUCCUUAAUGCAAUGGCGUUAGACAUUUCUAUUUGUUUUGUUUUUCUGUUUGUUUGUUUGCUUCUUUUUUUAUUUUUUUUUUUACUUGUGAAAUAUUUUUAAGGUACCUUCUCUAUAAAUUGUAAGAAAUUAAACCUAGUUAGAAUAUUCAUAUGCCUCUGAGUGAAACUUGCCAUUUAUCUUCACACACAGCAUGUUAUGUACCGUGCUUCAGACCUGAGAACUGGUGAAAAAAAUUGUGGUAAGUCAACACAAUGCAAAUUAAAAUGAUUUGUUCAGGAUUUAAGAUUUCAAGCAUAUAUUGAGAGUUACAGUAAACUUUAUAAAAUAACUGCAGUUUUUGAAAUGUUAAAGACAUAAAUUUAUUUACUAUAGUAAGAAAAGAAAUGAUUUUUUGACAGGUGUGAAGCAUUCUGAUUUUACACAUGCUAUGGAGGAUUUUGUUUCUCUAGGAAAACAUCGGGUGAGGUUUCUUUAUCUUUUCCUUCUCUUUGCAUGUUUCUGUUGUUGUAGUUUCAAACCUUCUGUAUGACCCAAUUAUUGUGUCUUCAUUUAAAAUUUCUUGUUUUUUUAAAUGAUUUUUUUAUAAUUUUGUGAUUGUCUCUAUAGUCUCGCAGAAGUGUGAUGAGUGAAACCAAAUUUGUGGAGCUAAUUAUAGUCAAUGAUGGUAGUCAGGUCAGUUGAACACUUUUAUACAAUAGCACUGUUUUCUUUAUAUUUAUUAUGGGACUGACAAGGAGAAUUUAUUGGACAAUCACUAGCUUCUGAAAUUGGAGAUCUUUUCCCUUAUUUAUGUCACUUUAUUGUUAGUAGAAAUUAGUACCAGUCCCUCUCAGAUGUUAAAGGGUUAAUGGGUAUUGGAACUAACACCCUAUCCAGGAGGAGGACAAUUAGCAGUAGUCUCCAAAACUUCAAUCAAUUCAGGCCACAACUGUGUAAGUCAGUCCAAGGUACCUACAACAACAACAACAACAACAACAACAACAACAUCAACUUUAUUUGCACCCUACAUUUAUUUACAUGAUACAAAAAAUAAUAUAUAAAUUACAUGAAAAAUGGAGAGAGUUCAGGCAGCCCAUUAUAACCAUUGAGGGCUUAAAAGAUAAAGCAGUUUUACUUAGGUUAUUAAUAAAUUACUUAAUCAAAGGGUCAGGUACCACACGUGCACAUCACGCACGCACACACCACACAAAACACAAAAGAAAAAAGAAAAGUUAUCCACUCCUUAGAGGGGAGUGGAGGGUUGGUGUAAAUACAGGGAGGGAGUAACCAGAAAUGGGAGAAUAAUCAAUUUUGAUAGGGCCAUACUUUGUUUGCAGGGUGAGAGUUUUUUUUUCUUCAAGAAAUUGGGGAGGGCAUAGAAAAAACUGCACACACACACACACACUCACACACUCAAACCCCCCUCAUCUUAUAAAUAACAGUUCCUUCAGUAAACUAAGGGAACAUAAAUGGUUAAUGCUGUGGUGGAUCAUUUAACAUGUCAUUUAUUGAUUGUGAAAUUCAGUUUCCACUGAAUGGCUUUUUUUGUUUUUUUCUUAGUAUACGCACUUUAAGAGAGACAGGAAAGCAGUUGAAUAUCGUUCAAAGAUGAUAGCUAAUAUUGUAGACUCUGUAAGUAAUGAGGCAUUGCUGUUAGACUUUCUGUAUCAUGUAUAUUGCUGUAUGUAGUAAAUACCAGCAAUGAAUAACAUUGUGGUGCUAUACUCUCAGCAAAAUAUCUUAUGCUACGCAGAAUUUCAUAUGGCACUCGUUUAAAAUUUAAGCUUUCUUCUCAUGAAUGUUUUCCCUGACAAUGUAAUGAUAAUGUAAGUAGAAAUUACUUAUGAAGAACUCCUUGGUACUAAAGGGUUUAAAAAGGUUGCUAACAGAACUUGAAAAUCUAACUCCCCUCCAUUCAACUUUGUUUAACGUUAAAUAUAUGUGCAGGAAAAGUGCUCUGUUUGUGAGGGACUUAGAUUAAAUUUGAAUUGUCAUCAAAUCAGAGCAUGACAUAUUGAGCAGUGAUGAAGAAUAUGCACUCCUUUGUUUGAAAUAAUUGCAAACUAUAUGCAGAUGCUAGGAAAUCAAAGUCAGCAAUUGUAAAGUGGUCAUACAAAGCGAAUUAUGGUCAACUUGUUGACGGUCCAACUCGCCGAUGGUCCAACUCGCCGACACCAACUCGCUGAUGUAUAAAAUCGAGUAGAGACGUCGGAGAGUUGGUCCUCAAUCCAAUACAACUUAUUAGAAGUUAAACAUACAGAAAAGUAAACGAUAUUUAGUAAAAAAACACUGGUGAACAUUGGUGAAUAUCAAACAGAAGCUUAAACAUUGGUUGGUGAACAUCACCAAUGACUAGAACAGCUUAAGACGCGAACGAGUUAUUGUGCGACAACAACACCGUAAAGACUCAUCAUGUCAAUUGCUCAGAUUUUUUUAAGAAAACUUGGCUUUCUAGACAAGAUCUUUAGUAAAAAGCAAUUCUUUUUAUUUGCAACAAAGUUUAUAAGGAUCUCAAGGCGAAUAAAGCAAAGUAAACCUCACCAAUGACUCUAACAGCUUAAGACGCAAACGAGUUAUUUUGCGACGACAACACCGUAAAGACUCAUCAUGUCAAUUGCUCAGAUUUUUUAAGAAAACUUGGCUUUCUAGAUAAGAUCUUUAGUAAAAAGCAAUUCUUUUUAUUUGCAACAAAGUUUAUAAGGAUCUCAAGGCGAAUAAAGCAAAGUAAACAUCGCCAAUGACCACAUCUGCUUCAGACGCGAACAAGUUAUAAAUCACGUUCGCAUCUUAAGCUGUUAUAGUCAUUGAUGAUGUUCACCAAUGUUUAAGCUUCUGUUUGAUGUUCACCAAUGUUCACCAGUGUUUUUUUACUAAAUAUCGUUUACUUUUCUGUAUGUUUAACUUCUAAUAAGUUGUAUUGGAUUGAGGACCAACUCGCCAACGUCUCUACUCGAUUUUAUAUGUCGGUGAGUUGACUGGAUACCAUACAAAGCAGACUGAAUAUAACAUGUGUUAAAAUGUUUAGUUCAAUCAGGGAAAGUGAUCCAAUUUUACCUUAAUGUCAGAGAAUUAGCAUCCAAAUUGGGACAUCAGGAGAUUUGCUCUGUAUCUCAGUGGGGCUCCUGGGUGAUGCAUUGGCAUCUAUACUUUGGAGUUGAAAUUUUCAAGAUAAACAGAACUUUGGGUAACUUCGGUAAGGUUCUGAAAAAUUUUACAUAUUCAAAUGCAGGCUACUAACUAUUUAACACUAAAUUUGCCUUUAAGUUGUACCGACCUCUCAUGGUACGUGUAGCUCUGACUGCUGUGGAAACUUGGACCCAAGGCGAUAAAAUAGUGGUUGAUGAAGAUUCAGACAAGAGUUUACAAAACUUUAUGAAAUACAGAAAUUCAGAUUUGGUCAAAAAAUACCCACAUGACAAUGCACAGCUGCUGACGUGAGUAUGAUGAAAACAUGGAAAUAAUAAACAAACACUCUACAUAAAAAUAUUUGAGUUACUUAAGACAAAUACAGUAUGUGUUUAAGGAUUUGGUGUAGGAAUGAAAUUUGUACAAUGUCUCAUUAAUAUGUAGUUUGAUUUCCAGCAAGAGUUGCCUAGGUUUUAGUGCUCUCAGAUUUUCAAGACACCAGUGACCAACAUAAGUGUGUUUCAGGACAACCCCCUAAGAGUGUCCCAAGGCACUCCCCUUUAUUAUGCCUAGAUCUGAAGAGUGCUAUAUGGCACUUUUGUAGUUGCUGUGAUCCAGCCAAUUAAAAGUAAUGUUAUUGUCAUUGUCAGUGGUCCAUUUGUUGCAAGAGCCUAGAGACCAAUCAGAGAAGAUUUUAAACACUAUUCUCGCUUGUCACCUAGCAACUGUUCCAUACAAAUUUAGCAUGAAAAUUUGUUCUGGUGUUCAUAAUAGUGGAACCUGUGGCUUAAGAUGCAAGUGGAAAUUGAAAGCACCAGAAAAAAUUGCUGAUAGGGAUGAUGAGAGUGACUUUUCUGUUUCUUCUGUUAAUACAGGAGACCUUUCAGAAUUAGAAUUCCCCACUUGAUGCUAUCUUUUUUGGCUCUUUCUCUAGAGAGAGAUUAAAAAGACUCAAAAAGAAUGAACCUUGAUAGACCAUAGGAAAGUUUUAUAGGGUUUCAGGUCUGAAUGUGGUACUGAUGUGCUUUUGUCAAAAAAAAAACCACAGAUUUACAUAGUAGGGUGUACUAUCUAGAAGAUUUCUUCCAAUAAGAGGAAAUUGAGAAGACAGGUAUUUUUAAUAAUAUUAUAAUUGUGCUUUUGCUUUCAGGAGGAUAAAUUUUCAAGGUUCAACUGUUGGAAAGGCUUCAGUUUUGGCCAUGUGUGGUGAGAGGUCUGGUGGUGUAGUACAGGUACAUGUCAUUAGAAUUUUAAAAAUCUGAUGAUUACAUAAAUUAUUUACCCAAAUAAGAAGGAUUAAAAGGUAUCUUCUAUCUUUGGGUGGUCAGUCAGAUGGUCAUUAAUUCCUUCUAAUGAGUCAAGUUAUAUCAUUAUUUAUAAAUUUGCAUAAAUUAUAAAAGGUUGAAUUAAUUAAUUACUAUUAUUAUCACUUUGGAGGGCAUUGGGAAAACAAAAACUGAUGAAAAAAUGACAACAUAAAAAUCUGAACAAUCACACAAGUGCAAGCAUUUUAGCCCACAAAAUGCACCACAAUACCCAACAAAGUAAUGGGGUAAGCUUUUUCAAACAUUUUUGUCUUGCUUUAUGUUAUGUGUUAACCAGAUAGUUUCUUUGUUGUUUUGUUUUUUUGUAAUAAGGAUCAUUCUGGCAGUGCUGCAGCUACAGCAGCAACCUUAGCUCAUGAAAUGGGUCACAACUUUGGAUUUAUUCAUGAUCAGGACGGUAAGUGUAUUGACAAAAAUCUUGGAGUCCUGAUAUACUUUGUGGUACACUACACAUUGCAACCAAAGCAAUGUGAGAUAAAAAUGUGUAUUUUUAACCUUUGCAAUUCCCUAUUACAGAAGUUUAAUUUUAUAUAAUUACUAAAAUAGCUUUCAGUACUUUAUUGCUAUAUAUUUUUUUAAUUACCCAAAAAUAAAACCCAAGACCUGGAAUUAUUAUGAGGCAUUUCCUUUUAACUGAUUGUUCAAAAAUUGUAAUUGUUUGUUACCAGGGAUUUAAAGUUGUUAAUUUACUUACAUAUGUUGUCUUUCCUAUUCAGUUCCAAGUUGUAAAUGUGAUGCACCAGCUAAUCAAGGAUGCAUCAUGUCUUCUGUAGCAAAGUAUGUCUUUCCUGAAUUUUUUUCAUUUAGGGACUGAGACAGAGUCAGAAGUAUGUCGUUAGGUUGUUGUUGUUAACUCCUUUUGACGAAACAUUUUGGGGUUUAUCUUCCAUACAUGCUAGUGCAAUUGUGUGUACUUCAUCGGGGACUUAACAAAAGUCCCAUACAAACUCUGUAGUGAUGUAUUCCCUUUGGUAAUUGUUUUCAGUUAUGGACACCUCAUCUUCUUUAGAGUAAAUGUAUCUGUUCAUCUCCUUUUAUUAUGAGAUGCAAUAUUGAAGGGCACUACCCUUGUACCUUUUAGUAGAAUGAGUGCUUACCUAAAUGCUGUGGAAGGGGAAGGAAAAUUAGUUAGGCAAACUAAGCCCAGGGUAUUGCCCUGCAAAUCUUUUGUGGGCCCCCCACAUCCCAUUUUGGAAACUACUCUAACCUUGCCUUAAGAAAAGUUAGCCUCAGGCAUUUAUCAGUCAUAACAUAAGGGAAAGAAAGAGAACUGUUUGUCUCAUGAUUGAACUCCCAGUGAAGACAGGUGGUAGCAUGGUGUAUACUAAAACAAGUUUUCAUUUAACACAGGAACACACCCUCAACAGACUGGUCAUCAUGCAGCAGAGAUUCAUUUCACACAUACCUGAAGCGGGGCCUGGAUGCCUGUUUGUUUAACACUCCAUCAAACGUAAGCUUAUUUUGAUAACAACUUCUGAGAUUAAAAUGGACAACUAUGGCACUAACUUGUUUAUAGAGGUUUCCUUGGGAUUAGUGACAUUUUCAGUCACUCAAGAAACAAAUCAAAAAAUUUAUGAAAGGUGUCUUUGACCCAAUCUCUCUUAGCUUCUUAAACUCAAUAGGUACACCUGUUCUCUCUGUAAAUGUGUUACCUUGUUGUUAGAGUGGGUCAGAUCAGUUCCUUGCAAUAAUUUUCAAACCAGUAGAUUCUGAAUCACCUGUGGCAUUUUUUGGCACUUGUAGUUGUUUGGAGAUGCAUUGUGUGGCAAUGGCUUCAAAGAGGAGGGUGAAGAAUGUGACUGUGGCACCAUAGAGGUACAGUACAGCAUACAAACAAUUUGGAAGCAAAAUUGCUGUUUCCAUAUAUUUGCAUGGUGUAGUUUUAGGGGUAAUGGUAGGCCUAAAAAAAGGUGGUAGCCAAUGGCAGCAACUGACAUUUGGUUAUCUGAACAGAACUUAUCAUCAAUGUUGAGUGAAUAAGAGUUUUUUGUUAGUGGAAUGUAAUGCACCUGGAUAGUGAAAACUGAUCAGUCAAGUUUGGUGUACAGACUGUAGUGCUAUUGGCUGUUUUUUUGUUUUUUUUUUUAAGAACAGUUCAUGAGCUGCAGUAGGCCAGUUUUGAUGUGUUGAUUACAAGGCCAUUCUGUUCAAUUUGAUAAAAUUUGCUGAUCAGUUUUCACAAAAAGUCAAUAAGCAAGUAACUCCUUUCCUGACCAAAGGUAAACAAAACUUAUGGAUAGUGUCACCACUAUAAUGCCUUUGUCAUAGUGCUACUGGUUGGAAAGAUCCCCAAGAUGAAAUUUCUAUUGUAUUGUACCUCUAGCCAGUAGGAUCUUAGGAGGCUUGGAAAGCACUACCACUAGAGGUACAGCCUGCAUAUCUAGUCCUUUCCUGACUUUGAUGAUUACUGAAGGUCUGGGUUUUGAAACAUCAGUUGCAUAUGGGCUCAAACCACCUAUUUUUUACCCAAAUAAUUACUUAAACAUAGUUGAAUUCAAUGUGUGCCACAUGGUUAGUGGUAGCUUUGUCUUCUUGUAGCUUAACAAGUCCUAGUGAAACUUUGUUGAAGGUAACUAAGCUUUUUGAUAUUAUGGCAGAGGAUCUGUUGAUGUCAGGAUGGGUUGCUUGAAUCUAAUAUAGACUAUAUCUUAUUACUUCUGCUUAAGUUCUUUUUGUUGAAGUCUGGUGGAAAUUUCCUUUUGUACCACAGACACCUUGUAGAGCAAAAGUUAUUUUUUUUUAUCAACAUGUGCACCUCAUGUAGUUAAGAUAGUUUUAAGGUAGUUCAUGUCAAUUUUUAAUGGAAGUUUAUGAUUAUGUUACGUGUUAGGAGUGUGAAAAGUAUAGUGAUCAUUGUUGUAAUGCCACAACCUGCAAGCUUCAUCCUGCCUCUGAAUGUGAUUCUGGCCCAUGUUGUGACAAAUGUAAAGUAAGUUUAAAUCAACACAGGGAAUUCUUUUGCUUAUAAUUAAAUUGCAUCAACCACCACUUAGGGAAAUCCCUUGACUUGCCAUUAAAAUGGUAAGAAGCAGACUAAAUGAUACUGGGAAGUUUUUGUCGAUUCACAGGCAAUCUAUUUUUACAAUGCAAUGUGAAUUGAAUUGAUUUUUUUCCUAUGAAUAUAUUCCUUAUGGUUGGUGUUGAAUUUUUUCUCAAAAUUUAUUAAUUGAUUUGACAAAAUAUUCUCCCUUUUGAUUUCCUUGUAGCAUAAACCUCAAGGUUUUCUCUGUCGCGACACGAUCAAUGAAUGUGAUUUACCAGAAGUUUGUACUGGAAAAUCAGGAUUGGUAAGUGAAUCAAUAGCUUUGCAUUUCCUUUUUUUGAACCAUGGGUGGUACAGUUUAUCAUAUUCCAGUGUGAGCCUAUGGCAGUUUUAAAAGCAGGUUGAUUGUGAAAAGUAUUGUCAUAAGUAAAGAUUGGUCAAUUAAAACUGAAAUCUAAUCAGCAAGGUACUUUCCACUCAGCAUAAUGUAGUUCUUUAUCCAUGAAAAAUUGCCUUGUUUACAUCCAGUGUAUUUCAGGGCAAGAACCUUAUUGCUCUGGCAAUAAUGAUUAUUGCUAUUGGAACACCCAGCUUGCAGCUGAAUAAUGCCAGCCUGGCACAAUAUUCCUAAUGAAUAAAAUGAAUGAAUUAGAACACUUCCUUUCUUUGAGCUCAAUAUUUUAGGUUGAGAAUAAGCAGGUCUUUGAUAAAUUUAUUUAUUUUGUAAGUCAUCAAUGGCACUAACAGCCUCUUUCAGUUCUACCUGUAGGGUAGAUUUGUAAGCUAUAGGACCCAAAAUGUACCAUGUUUCGACUUGUCUUUCAGUGUCCCAGCAAUAAAUACGUGCAGGAUGGUGCAACUUGUGCCAAUGGCGAGGUGAGAAAAUAUGAUGCCACUUCUCCAUUAUCGUGAAUUCAACUUGCUGUUGUUCAAGAUAUUCAUGUCUUCAUCAAUUGAUAUGCUGUUUUGCUCUUUUAAGGGAUACUGCUUCAAAGGCAAAUGCCCCUUACACGACACACAGUGCAAAGACUUUUGGGGAAAAGGUACUUUUUAUCUUAUUAAGAAUCUUUGCUUGAAGCUGUUUUAUGUUCCAACUCUUUCGUCGCUGUGCGUAUCUAUUGAAACAAACUUUCUGCCCAGAAUAAGAAAGAUGGUAAAUCUUGAGCUCUGUUGUGGGACACAAACAUUUUCAUUAUUUGUCGUGGCUGUCAACUCUUUUCAACCUAACAUCACCUAAUUGACCAUUAUCUUUAUUCUCAUGACCUUAAUGUGUGAUUUAGGGGUGAUAUUGUUAGGAGAAAUUAGAUGCUAGUCACUCUUAGGGGUCAAAGGGUUUUUCAUAACGAAUAAGGGAUUUGCACAGAGAACUCCGUGAUGAGCAACGCCAUUUCUAAGUUCUUAUGUCACUUGCUUUCUGCAAGUUGCUUGAAUCGGCAAUGAUGCGAGUAUCUUGGACGAAGCUUUCAUCUUUUCUAACAAAACAGCGGGAUGAUUAAAUAAAAAAAGAAAAACAGAAACACUUGAAGGUUGAAAAAUAUAGCCUAACCUGAAUUGUGAUCAGAUGUGUUUUGUAAUGUCUUUUAAUGCAAAAAUAGGUGGCUUAGCAGUUUCACGUCCAAAUAUGAAAAAAACGAAAAUUGUUGUUUCAUCACCCCUGCAACACCCCCCACCUUCCUAGAUAUAAAAGGAAAUGAAAUGGAAUUGCCAUAAUGCACCGCUAUUUUAUCCAUUCAGAUGCACUUUCCGGCCCAGACGGUUGUUAUAACUGGAAUAUGCAAGGAAAUUACAGAGGGCAUUGUGGCAUUCAGGGUAGCAACGUGUAUAAGAAGUGUGAUGAAAAGUAAGCAUUAUUCAUAAUUAUAUGUUCGCAAAGCGUGCCGAUUCUGAGAGUAACUCCAAGUGCAUCUAAAGAAAUCCCUGCUGUUGGCUUUUCUACCCAAAUAAAUUUUCUAAGAUUGAUCGAGACACUGGAUCUGCAUAACUAGCUAAAAAGAUUACCUACCAGAAACCUUCUAUAACUGUGAACGAUUUUUUUUUAUCCUUUUUUUUAUCAAAUUAAUUGUUUCUUUUUUGUAGGGACAAGCUCUGUGGCAUGCUUCAAUGCACAAACGUAGAAGAUAAGACUCACCCAAUAAUCGGACACCCCAAAGGCUCUUAUGGACACACCUCUGGCGAAACAUUGUGCAAGUUAGUACUAUACUGUUGAGAGAAAUUAAAGUGCUUUUUCCGUUCAAGAAUUGACCCUUCACACCUUAACAUUCGUAUGCAUAUUCUUCAUACUGAUCUUUGUCCAUUUAUUAUGUUACUGGCGAAGAGAAAUUGUCCAAUAGUCAAGAGCUGCUAAAUUUGGUGAUCAUUUCCUUUAUUCUUACGACUGCAAUGUUUGAUUCAGGUUGAUCUUUAAGAAGAAAUUAGAUGGUAGUCACUCAAACCAUACUCACCCGUUGACCUUUUAUAAAGUUAGACCACUUUAAGCGUAUAGAUCAUUUUAACCAUCUCGAUUGGUUGGAUCUAGGUAAACUAGUUGGACCAAUGUAACCCUUUGGGCCAAUUCAAGCUGUUUGAUCAUUUGAUCCAGCAAGAUCAAUUCAUUGGUUAAAGUGUUAAGGAAUGGAGCGUUUUCAACACUCCGCACCUCGCGAUAGCAUAGUACGUCCACGUUGUAGGACUCAACAUGGAACCCGUCCCCAUCCCUCCUCCCAAAUAGUUUCCUUGCUUCUACUACCCUUUUAGUUUUUUGUCCAAGAGGAGCUGAAAGAUAUACUUACCUCCUAUUUAUUGAAUUUGUAGAAGUGCUUCCGUUAGUCUUGGCUCAGACAUUCCCGAUCCUGGUGAAACUUUGGAAGGGACAAAAUGUGGAAAGAAUAUGGUAUCUCUUAAUUACGUUUCUGGUUUGUUACCGAAAAUAUUUUAACCCAUAAUAUUUUAAGGUCAUCUAUCGCUGCGACAGGCUUAUUAGAUCGUGUAGCUCGUCACGGUUUUCAGUCAAUGCGCUUAAAGAUGAAGAGUAAAUCGUAGAAAGCACAAUCCAUUGAAUUAUAUUCCCUAGUUUGUAUCUUAAGUAAAGAAAAGAGCAUGAGGUUUUUAUGCCUUAGUGACUGGGUUACUAGUAUUACUGUUCUUCGCUAUUGAUCAGCUUCUUGGAACACUUUUCCAAUGCGUGUCUUCAAACCAAAUCCAAACUAAUGACAACGACAAUCACAGGUGUCCGAAAAUUGGGGAGAUGACUUGUGAUUAAGAGCUAUGAUUAAGAUUAGUUGAGCGGUCUACGUGCAUUUUCUUGACCAAUCUCACAGCGUAGUGAAGAAAAAGCGACGAAAUUCCGUGUUAUUUUAAUACUGGAUUGAAACCGCUCUAUAUUUCUUCAUUAUGCUUCACCUAGUCGCCCAAGCAUCCAUGGAGGGAAUAGAAUAAAUUAUUUAUUCACUUAACAAUUACUCCACGAGAGUGCGUUGGAUAUGAGAUGAAAGAUAUCCAACGAAGCGCGUAGGGCAGAAUCAACUUCAAAUCAUCAUAAUCAUAGAGUAUAAUCAUCUUAAAUCCAACAAGUGCGAGUGGAAUAAUUGUUUUAUCAAAAACGCCCCAAUAUAUAGAUAAAUUUAUUCAACUUUAGUUUUUUAAGCACUAAGGGAAUGUUACAAUGUACAAAAACACUUCCGGUUUAACACAUCUUCAUGUGCGUGCAAUGUUUAAUGGCUCAUAACCCAUAAUUGCUAAGCCAAUGAAAACUCUUGAAUUGCAUGAUCCAGUGAUCUAGUUUUCAAUUUUAGGUGAUAUUCAUACAGGUCACGUGGACAAGAUGUACGGAGGUCAAGAGGGAUUACUGAGUAACUUGGGAACUAAUGUAAAGUGAUUUUAUGCGUCAUAUAUUCCACGUAUUACUAACACAAAAACACAUCCUUUGUAUUUUUUACUUAGCUUUGCAUUCAGCGGAAAUGUAUCAGCAUAGACGUGUUUAAUGCCAAUAACAAACCAUGUCCAAACAACUGCUCAGGUGAAAACGGGGUAAGUGAUUCUGUGUUAGAUGUAGCAAGUGUCCUUGUGCUCAUGUUGAUGUUAUUUCCCAAGACUGGUCGUUGUGUAGUGUUAACGAGCAAGACACAUUCGUCACAGUUCCUCCACCCAAGAGUAUACGUGAAUAUCGGCAAACUUUUAUGGAAACGUAGAGAAGUGAUGAGGUUAACUCUGCGAUGGACUGGUAUUUCCUUUACAAGGGGAGGGAGGGUUAGGAGUAGUUGUGAUAAUCCUGUUCGCUUAAUGCUACUUAAGCUUGGGUAAGCCCCGCAAGUGGAGUCUUUUGAACGUAAGCUGAUCUUGUCUUACGUUUCAUCCACACUUAGGAGUCAAAAGGCGCCCCCCCCCCCUCUCGUGCACACUCCCCCCCUUUUUCGGGUGAGUGUUGUGACUACUUCCUAACUACACCCUCUAUCUUAUUCAAACCCUUCAGAUUUGUAACAACGAUGCAGAGUGUUUCUGUCAUAGUUGUUGGACAGGAGCAGAUUGUAGUGUUCCACUGAAGUGUGGAACAGAAGGUUAGUGGGUCUAAAUGUAUAACAUGGUAUCGCCUUGCGAGCUCGGUCAGAAGUUAGAAUAGCGAUACAUUAAAGAGGUAUGUGCGGCGGUACGAGUUCCUAGAAAGGUUCUGAGAUGUUAUGUACGCUACAGUAAUCUUAGAAACAUAGGUUUUGUCGAGGGUGCUGCGUGGUUCAUCUUACUGUCGUGGUGGAUGGAAGACCGCAUGGAGGACCUCGUGUUGAAAGAGUAUAUGACGUUUCAUUUCCAAGACUUGUUGAUUACAUGUCUCCAGAGGACCUCAACAACCACUUGCAAGAUUUUUAAGAUGUACAGGACCAGAUGAAAGUUCUAAAUUUCGUCUGUUGGAAGCAAUAAGUAAGAUGCGACAGCUUGUGACCAUCACGUGUUACUCAACAUAUUUGGAUGCUUCAGCCUUUAAUACUGGGUUGUUGGCUGGAUUCUCACCAGGGUGGGGUUUAACACCAGAAUCACUAGCUUUUUUAGUUCCACAUAGGGGGUCGCGUUUAUCUGAGGACCCCUUUGGUUACGCCCUUGCACUAUUUUCUGCUAUCGACCACAUUUCGUAUUAUCGCGAUUUUUUUGUGCAUUACACAAUACUUCUUCUUAAAAUCAAUCAGUGCUUUCAUGAAUUAAACUUUCUCUUCACUGACUAAAAAUUUAAAAGUCGUUCAUAAAAUUUAAAUGUUCGAACGUUGUAAAGUAAUACGCUUGAAUUGAAAAUAGUGCUCUUUGCAGUGCUACAUUGUACAAUAUUUCUUUUUAAAUAACCUGAAAUAAAUUUUCAUAAAAUUUAACUUUAAAUUUAACUUACAUUAACAGUAAUGAGAGGUCAUAUUAAAAUGAUUUAUUUUAAUUCUUCUUUAACGCGUACAGAAAGAUGACGGUUUGCCACGCGUAUAAAAAUAUCACAUCGUGCUUGCCAUUACUUACUCACGAAUAGUAUGAUGAUAAAAGAUUAAUGCCAAAUUUAAUAUCACCAAUACGACCUCAUUGACAUAAACUGCGACUGAGCUUCUUAGAUAUGAGACGUCGUAAGCUAAUUGGUGUAUCUAAACCAUAUUCGCGACUAAAUGGUUACUUCUAACUGUAAGAUUUAUCAAGGUUUAUAUUUGUUUUUUGUAAUAACCAGACUUAGAUACAUGACACAGCUCACAUAACACAACGGUGAAAAUAAUACUUCUUUUUGAUUGGUUCGUAAACGUGUGUCGUGAUUGGUCCUGAGUAAACUGUUCUUUUACGAAACGAACUUUGAACUUAGUAAGAUCCUCAUGUAAAUACACUUAAUGUUAGAGACGCAUCUAAAAUAACUGUUUUGUAGUGUUAUCAAGAAUGAAUAGUAGUUGGUGGAUAUUCCACACUCAUCCACACUCUUGCUAGUUUAUUAAACCCUUCCUUACGCACAGGUAAUGGUACAGAGUACACAAUAAGCACCCCAACUAAUUUCACAGGUGUGCCAGGUAAGACCUUUAUUUCCUCUGUCCUCACUGUUUAACGCUACUCAUAUAUAUAUAUAUACAUAUAUGCACUGUUAAUCUGUUAUACGCUAAUAACCUCUUAAGCUCUAAUACUAUUCUAAAGCUCUAACCUUGCUGUAACUUUAACGCCUAAUUAUACUGAAAACGUAGAAUUAUACGUAGAAGUACCAGACUUUAGACUACUUUUGCCGAUGAGAGACUGGCCAUUAGUGAAUCGGGGAUACGAAGAUGCGCCUGUUAUGACGGGAAGAAAAGGGAAACUUUUCUUCCGAUGAUAACCUGCAGGCUUCGAAUCAGUAAAAUCCAUUCUCUGGUAGCCUUGAUAACUCAGAGAUCACUGGUACAUAGUUAAGAUAUCGCUCAUAAAUGUGACUGACUCACAUUACAUUCGGGGUAAUGGGCAUUUAACUCAUAUUCAAAUCGCUUUUUGUUUCAUAUUCCGGAUUCGUUGCAGAUCCCUCAAAGGGAAAGAAUCUUAGCAAAUACUCUUCACUCCUAACGUUUCAUUGCAAGUUAGAAUUGUCGCUCAUGCCCACAUUUUAACCUCUGCCUUUCCAGUUCAUAAAGCAAGAAUUUGGGUGAAUUUGAGAUUAAUUUUGUUUCCUAAUCUGGUGAAAAACUUUCCGUCGUUUCAUAUGAGAGUCGAUCACUUACCGAAGCUCUGCUGUGCGUUAAUGCUUCUAACCAUGAUAAAAGAGUAAAAAGUAAACAUGCCAACGUUAUCCUUUACUAAUGUCUUAUCAAGUGGCACAGAACAUGUCGAGCAACACACGGAGAUUCACACGAACAUGGCAUUUUAUUUUUUUAGUUCAUCGAUGAUCAAUUGCUAAACAUCGCGUCUUUAACAUAUACGAGUCAUUAUACUCGUCUAAAGGCAACCACACCAUUAACUUAUUGAGCGAAAUAGUGAUUAUUAAUCAAUUUUAAUAAGAAAAUGAUAGUAAUAAAUGAUUAAUAAUAACUAAGUCUUUUUGUCACGUGGACGGUUUUCAUUUCUGUUAAUCCUGAAAAACUCAUCAAACGAAGCAAAAACACUAACAACGAAUAACAAUUGAAGUUGUUGAAUAAGGAAUUGGAAGAACUUCCAGGUCUUAGUCAUCACUUAGUCAGUGGGUGUUCUUGGUUGUUUAACAACUUCAAUCCUUUAGAUGUCUAUAAAUGCUUCCAAAAACAACAACUGCAGAACAGAACAAAGGUGAAUUACUGAAGAGAUCUGUGAGAACACUGAAACGUACCCAAGCGUUGAUGUUAAGUUUCCUGUCUUAUUGGUUUCAGACCAAACUUAUACAAUAGCUAUCCCACAUAGCUUUCAGUACUUGAUUUGUAAUUUAUUUGAGAGGGAGCAGUGUCACCUCUUAAGGAGUGGAUUGAGGCAGUGGAUGCUCUAAGAAAUAACCAUGAGAAAGAAAAAACUAAAAACACUUCGGUUUGCACAAACUUUUGUACGAAAUUUCACGUAAGCAUGCGUAAAAAUCAGCUUGCUUGUCCGAACUUCAUGAAGUAAGAUUACGGCAAGAAUCUGUUUCUAAAAGAAAAAUGUAUGCAAAGAAUGCGCUAAGUAAACUGGACAACGUGGUUCAAUAUUGCUAGCAGUAACUUAGCCUUCACGUAGUCGACUUAAGUUGUUUCAAAUAUUAACAAUAUAAUCUUUAAAUUUUUAUCGUGAUAAUGAGAGAGUUACAAGAUAGGUUUUGACAAGAAUAAUGAGAUUGACCCUUCAAGCUCUUACCUUUAUUGGCAAGAGGAAAUAUCUUCAAAACUGUAUGGAGAAUUUAAUCUUGAUGCUGGCAUCGUUCUGUCAACAGGGACUGCAGAACCUCAGGCAAAGCGAAGCAAGUUGGCUGGGAUUUUGAUUUUGGUGUUUUUUAUAAUUUUCCUGAUCGUUGGUGCUGUUUUUGCUUUUAUUUACCGGAAGCAAUUGAAAGAGAAAUGGCAAACAUUCAAGCAAAAGGCCCCUGUCAAUAAAAGGUAAAGAAACUAAGUGUGGGUGUUUAUGUGUGCCUUCAUGGCUUUCCACCUUAGUUUUUUUUUUUCUUGACUUUGUUUGUCUACUUUUAUCUGUGUGUACAUUUUUUUUCUGUCUGUCUUUUCGGUUGGUCUUUGUGUCCUUUUCGUAGUAUCUGUCUCUUUGCCUAUUUGCAUCUUUCUGUCGGUCAGUCUGUCUCUGCCUGAUUCUUUGUUUCUCUCUGUCUGUUGUAAUGUAUCUGUUUCUAUAUCUGUCUGUCUGUCUGUCUGUUUUUUUGUUUGUUUGAUGGACUGACGUACUGAUUGUGUGUUUCGCGCUCACAGUGUUGGGGUUGUUUAUUUGAAAAUAGCUACCUCUCUUGUUGAGUACAGAGGCUACCUUUUGUAGGAACCUUUAUCCUUGCUAGAAUGAAGGCUUAUUUUGAUCUCAUUGACUGGCAGAUUUUAUUUAUAUUUAUCUGUAUUUCAUCUCGUUUCCUAGUUAUCAAGGUCUGUCCCGGGCUUCUCCUAAACAAACCAGGGCUCGUAAUGGAGCAGAAGCUACAGCAACGACAAAUUCGGAGCCCUUAAGGCCGAGACCCGAUAUAUCGGGGCCUACGCUCACAAGUACCACCCGUAAGGAGCCUGUAAAUAUAACAACUAAUCCAUUAGGGACAAGUAAAUUCACAGCUGCAUCCACUAAACAAGAACAACCGGCCUCUCAGCCACCAGUGGUCUUUAAGCCUACCCCACCGAAACCGGAUAAACCUGAACCACCUGUUGUAGAAAAGGAGAAGCGUCCUCCCAACCUUCCACCUGUCAAACUUCGAAAUCGUGAUUGGCCACCCAAAGGUGACAAGACAGCAUCAUUAAAUCGCGCCUCCAGUCCUCCGUCAGUAACAGAACCAACUAGACCGGUAAAACCUGUUAAACCUCCGAGACCAGAAAGUCACGCGGGUGUUUUAGAUAAACCAUCUGUCCCUCCCCACUCUGGCGUAAAGGCUUCGAAAGAAUGGCCCCCUCGCGAUAAGAAAAACGAUACACAUUCAAACCCAGCUCAGGGAUCUAAAGCCCCUACGAGUCAACCGAUAGUUCCACUGAGACCGGUUCCGAAAGCUGUAAAAGGACCUUCAGAAGAAAGACCAUCUUCCAUUCCACUGAAACCGUCUGAUAUUAAAAAGGGCCUCGGAACCGGAAACGAUAGGCCUCUUUCAGCUUCAAAUGUUGCAAGCCCUAAAAAGGUUCCUCUUAAGCCCCCUGGGCCCAUUCCAAAGCGUCCUGGAUCAAAGCCGACGUGAACGACGGGAUAUCGCCAUUAUAUGAUGUACAUAGAGAUAGAAUGUCCUGAAGUAAGAAAUGCCCAUAACAUAGACAGCUAUUGAAUUCGUAUAAUAAUCCGCCAUUAAGAUAUGAUGAACGAGAAAGUUUUAAAUUAAUCACCCAUCGUAAAUCGGGCUGCUGUCAUUAUAAAGUAAAUGAAUGAUACAACAUGCUAAUUUACGUAAGGUAAACUAACAUACAUUUGAACAAUUUAACUGAGUCGAUGUUUCAAAUGAUGUUACAAGGUGCGAUAAUCCUUUUAUCACCAGGCAAUAUGUCACUUUCUGGAAAAGACUGGGUGGUUAAACUUUUCCAUCCAAGACAAGGAAUUUGUUUUUAUAAUUAGUGUUUUUUACUAAGCAUUAUUAUACAUAAAUGAACGUUAAAUCGUUGGUCUCGCGAUGUAAGAAUCAGGCCAAUCAAUCGCGUAUUGAUUAGCCAGACUCUCACAUUGUGUGACAAACGAUUAAACGUUAAUUUAUUCAUAAUACCACGUUGAACAACAGCAUUUUCUAUAACACUAUUACACGUGUUCUUUUGCCACAUUUUUUCCGCUGGGUUGGUGGGUACUUAAAAACCUAAACAAGAAGGAGGAAAAAAAAAUGCAAGUAUUAAGGAAUUUUCUUUAAUUGGUAAUUCAGUUGUGUAUAUGUUGGUGUGAAUGUUCUUGUUACCUCUGACACAACUUGUUAAACCUUCUUAAUAUGGUCAUCUCUUCGCACAUGGCUCAAAAUUCAGCCCUUUAUCUUAACCAGAAAAGAUGAAAAGUUAGUUUCGAACAUGAACAACGUAGUUAAAUCCAUGAAGUUAUAGAAUUGUUAUGUUUUGUUGUGCUGUUCAAGACUUAACUUUUUAGGACGAAACUUAAUUUGAAAUGCCAAAUUUUCUAGCUCGAUCAUCCUUAGUUUGGGAGACUUCUAGUGGAAACUCAGAUUAGGAUAUGAUUCUCUUUUUGAUGCCUUUUCGGAAAGCGCCAUUUUGUGGCGUUUGUCUACAUAUGGUCAGAUAGUACAUUUUACACUGUCAAAGAACAUUCUUAGUAGCCACCGGAUGAAGUAAUUCCUAAAUCCUAGAAACCCACAAAUCUUUGGACGAAAUGGGGCGGCCAGACCAAUCUGUUAUAAAAUUAUUUGGCUUAUUUUGUAGUCGGAGAGUGGAUAGAAUUCAGAAAUUGACUAAUUUGGCUCGACAAUCCUGACAGUCGCAGUCUCAAUUCCGAUUGGCUACAAGCCUGCAGCUGAAGCACUGUUUUCGUGACCUUAUUCCAACAGACAGAUUUUCUGCUGUACUAUUAGGAUCAUAGUGGAAGACAACAGUUUCGAAGCAGCUAAUGUAUCAAUAGUAUUGGAUUCGCUUUACAGCGAGAAUUGUCAAAAAGUAGGUUUGUGUAUAUCACUGGCUUGGCUGAAGCUGAAAGCCGAGGCGGUUGACGACAACUAAAGGCUUGAUUAUUCAUGGAAUUAUGCUAAAACUUAUUAAGAACAGAAUACUUUCUAUGAAUUCACUGGUCUGGUCAAUCAUUUCCAGCUGAUUGUAAACGCUCACAUUAAUCUCCAAACGUUUUAUUUACGGUUUUCAACAACACUGUUACACGUAUGUUCUCUGCAUUAAAGUGUGAAGUUUAAAAUAAAUUUCUUCACUUAAAUUUUGGAAAAUUAUACUUUUCUUCAUUUUACUGUACGUGAAGUUUAUAUUACAGUUUUAAACACAUCACUUUUUUAAAAUUUAGGCCCAUUUAAAAAUUACUUUCUCACAUGGUUGGCUGAGUCGGGAAACAGUAAUUUCAAAAUAAUUAUAUCAAAGAAAAUGCAUACAUUUUUUUCAUUUUAAUCAGUUUUUAUUCAUUAUUUCAGUUUAAAUCAUACACGAGAACGCGAGCUUAAUUUAGUUGAGGGGGUCAAAGAAAAUACCCGUAUCUUUGAAAAUUAUUAAAAAAAAUUUGUAAUCCAAAGUUUAGUUGAUUAAAAUUGGAAAAUUAAAAAU